UGCUAAUUAUUCCUGGCACAGCAGAGUGCCAAUAAUAAAAAAGAUAAGACUUUCAUAAAAUAUUAUAUGGAAUUGAAUGAAUUUUCCAAAAAAAUAUAAAAAAUCAAAAAUUUGUUAUUCAUUUCACUGUGCAAAUCUUCUCACCGUACGUCUUAGAAGUUUCAGUGUUAGGGUUUUUGGUACUUAGUGUCGUUAUUUAUUUAUGUAUUUUUCUAGAUUUAGAUUCAUUUUCUCUGUUAGGCUUUUUGAAGUUUUUACUUUUAGCUUUAGUGAUAGGGAAAAGGAAAGGUGUGGAUAUGGAAGUGAUUGAAAGUCCGAGCGGUAUUCAAGAGGCUACAGAAGGUGCUGUGUUUGAUGCAUCUCAAUAUGCGUUCUUUGGUAAAGAUCUUGUUGGGGAGGUUGAGCUAGGCGGAUUGGAGGAUGAUGAAGAGGACUCUCCUCCAGUUGAGUUUAAUGAGGAGGAGUUUCUCUUUGUUGGACAAGAGGGUGAGGUUGUAAGAUCUACAUCUGAUAUUGAUGAUCUUGCUAGCAGAUUUUCAAAGUUGAACAAGGUUGUCAGUGGGUCAACUAGUGCAGGAGUAAUUGGUAGUAGGGGAUCCAGAGCAAGUUCAUCUGCUGCUGAAUGGGUGCAGGGGGAGGAAUUUCCUAACUGGUUUGAUCAGCAGCAGCUGCUUGACUAUGAACGCAUUCAGGAUGGCAAAAGACAGUCCUCACAGCCAUAUUCUUAUACUGCUCACAUUUCAGAAUCAAUGUCUCCGUACCGACAAUCGUCUUACCCUGAGCCGCAACAACACCAUCAACAGUUAUCUAGUGAACCCAUUCUUGUACCAAAGUCUUGUUACACUUCAUAUCAUCCUCCUGGUGUACAAUCUCCACAGGCUUCACCAAAUCAUGGUCAGCUGAAUAAUGCAUAUCUUGGUUCUGGUCCUCAAAUGACAGUAUCUUUACCAAACCUCUCUGCCAUUUCUAGUCCUCAGCUUCAGUUUGCAGGCUUACAUCAUGGAUCACCUAACUUAGGUGGAAAUUUGUCACAGCUUUCAUCUAGUCUGUCUGCAAAUGGACAGCCUCCAAACGAAUGGAUUAAUCAUACAGGUCUGUGUCAUGGAGAUCAUCCUAACCAUUCUAACAAUAUGCUGCAGCAGCAGCUACCUCAUCAACAUGGUUUAAUUCCCCCGCACUUGAUUCCACAACGGCAGCCACAGCAGCAUAGACUACAUCACGUUCAGCCAUCAUUGGCCCACUUGUCUGGGAUGCAGUCUCAACUAAUUAAUCUUCACCCUUCAUCCCCGCACUGGACGAGCAAGUUUGAAGCGGUGCUUGGUCCAGGUGAUAUUAGAGAUCAAAGACCUAAAUCUGCUCAAAAAGAUAGACAAAAUCUCCAUUAUUCUCAGCAGGGCUUUGUUAACUAUGGUCGAAGCAUUAAUGGUGUCUGGUCUCAGUUCAGAUCCAAGUACAUGACAGCUGAUGAAAUUGAGAACAUCAUCAGAAUGCAUCUUGCUGCUACACACAGUAAUGACCCAUAUGUCGAUGAUUAUUAUCACCAGGCUUUUCUUUCGAAAAAAACAGCUGGUGCAAAGCUUAGACAUCAUUUCUGCCCAACUCACUUGAGGGAUCUUCCUCCUCGAGCACGCACUAGCUCGGAGCCCCAUGCUUUUUUGCAGGUUGAUGCUCUUGGAAGGGUUCCCUUUUCUUCAAUUCGUAGACCCCGUCCACUUCUUGAGAUUGAUCCGCCAAUCUCAUCUGCUAGUGCUGUCACUGAUCAGAAAGUUCCUGAGAAGCCCCUAGAACAGGAGCCAAUGCUUGCAGCUAGAGUGACAAUAGAAGAUGGCAUUUGCUGCCUUCUUGAUGUGGAUGAUAUUGACCGUUUUCUAGAAUUCAAUCAGCUUCAAGAUGGAGGGGUCCAAUUGAAAUGCAGGAGGCAGGCAUUGUUGGAGGGGCUGGCAGAAUCCUUGCAGUUGGUUGAUCCAUUUGGCAAGGAUGGGCACGCAGCUCAACUAGCUCCAACGGAUGACAUUGUGUUCUUACGAAUAGUAUCUCUUCCCAAGGGUAGGAAACUUCUGGCGAGGUAUCUUCAGUGUCUUUCUCCAGGUGGUGAUCUUAUGCGAAUUGCUUGCAUGGCUAUUUUUCGUCAUUUGAGGUUUUUGUUUGGAGGUCUCCCCUCUGAUCUGGGAGCAGCAGAGACUGUACAUAACCUUGUAAGAGUUGUACUAUUACAUGUGCGCUGCAUGGAUCUUGGUUCACUUGGCUCUUGUCUUGCAGCUGUGGUUUGUUCCUCAGAGCAGCCCCCACUACGCCCCCUUGGAAGCUCUGCUGGAAAUGGGGCUUCUCUUGUUUUAAUGUGUGUUCUUGAUAGAGCAACUGAACUAUUGAAUAAGCUUCAAGAUGCUAGCAACUAUAAUUUAACAAAUCGAGCACUUUGGAAGGCCUCAUUUGAUGAGUUUUUUAGCCUACUUGUAAAGUACUGCAUAAAUAAAUUGGAUAGUAUUAUGCAGUCUUCACCAGAUUCAGCAGAAGCCAUUAAGAGAGAAUUACCUUUGGAGCUCUUGCGUGCCAGUAUUCCCCAUACAAAUGACUACCAGAAAAAGAUGAUAUAUGAUAUUUCCCCAGCAUUCCUUAGUUUGUCAAGGCGGUGUUGAUGUGGUCAUGCAAAUUCUGGUUUAAUGAUUAAUUGACCAAGCUCUGGGUGCCUUAAAAAUAACAUUUCCUGAAGUUUCUCUGUGCCUUAUGAUUCAUGGAAAUAUUGUGAAAGGUGCUCUUCUAAGGACCUCGCAGGAUACAAUUUGAGGCUUUAUUGAUUUUUCGUGACAGCGGUAAAAUUUUGACGACUACCUCAGAUAUUUUUUUUUCUUUGAUACAGUAGUGUUGAAAUGGCUUCGAAUCUUCGAACCUAGCUUUUUUUUUUUUUUUUUUCAAUCAUAUCCAACUUGUUGGGUUUUGCUGAAGAGACGUUAUCAGAAAAAGAUUUUUCUACUUUCCAAAGAGGAACACUCGGCGCUUCUGUCAAUACUUCCGUUCUUAGGAGAGGCUUCCGAUGGAGGAAUCCAUAGAUGACAUUGGCUGGGGCAUCUCAGAACUUGCAGAAAUUGAUUUCUACUACUACAAGAAAGUUACGGAUCAAGGACAGGAACCUUUCAAACGUGGGAUAUAAGGUAGAAUGUUAGAAAAGUCGAAAGGAAAAUUAAGGACAGAGACCUUAAGAAUUGUUUUUUUCCUUUGUAUUACUACAUUAGAAUCGAUUAAAGUUUUGGUAAUGCAGUAUCUCUAAAACACAGAAAAGAUCAUUAGAUAAUUACAUUUAUCUACAGUGAUACUCUGAUCCUCUUUCAUUGAUUUUAAGUUAAUUUUAGUCCUAAAUUGUAGCCGUAGAUGGCAUUGAAAAUGGCUAUCAUGCAUGUGAUUGAAUUUUACAAUAA